AUGCCGACCCACUCUCCCUCUCCUUCCCCCUCCCCACCUCGCCGAGUCAAGCGCGACGCCUUCCCAUCCCUCUCAGACGUUAAGCCCAAGAAGCGCAAGGGCUCCAAAUCGAAGCCAGGCAAAGCCCCACCCCGCGCAUGGACCGGCGAAGAACUAGACCUCCUCUUCACCAUUGCACUCAAGAGACCCACCCGCGCCAACUUUGAGGGCAAGAUUGAAGGUCGGACGGGAAUGCAGUGUCUCAAGACGUGGGAAAACACACUCCUGCCGUACCUGCACAAGAUGGCGCGCGAGAAAGGGGCGAGGAAGUAG